CCGUAGAAGCCCGAAAGAAGUCUGAGAGGCCAACUGCUUUCCUCGCUGAAGCUUCUAGAACCAGAGCAUUAAUGAAGGUGUGGCCCAGGGCCAGCCCCGCCUCCUUUUCUCCCGGCGGAAGGUGCGGGGCAGCUACCGGAAGUCCUAGAGGCGCGGGGCGGGGCUUGUGCGGCGGCGCCGGGGGAUCGAUAUGGCGACUGAGGGGGACGUGGAGCUGGAGUUGGAGACUGAGACCAGCGGUCCGGAGCGGCCUCCUGAGAAGCCAAGGAAGCAUGACAGUGGUGCGGCGGACCUGGAGCGAGUCACCGACUAUGCGGAGGAGAAGGAGAUCCAGAGUUCGAAUUUGGAGACGGCCAUGUCCGUGAUUGGAGACAGACGGUCACGGGAGCAGAAAGCCAAACAGGAGCGGGAGAAGGAACUGGCAAAAGUCACUAUCAAGAAAGAAGAUCUGGAGCUGAUAAUGACAGAGAUGGAGAUCUCACGAGCAGCAGCAGAACGGAGCUUGAGGGAACACAUGGGCAACGUGGUAGAGGCUCUUAUUGCCUUAACCAACUGAUUUGUACUUUUCUCAGACCUACCCACUGGAUUAACUUAUUUCAAUAAAGAUUUGUCCUUUUUUUGUUGUUUUAUCAUCUUG